AUGGCACCUAAAAAAGACAAAGGCAAAAAAGAUGACGAAAAAGGCGGAGCAUUCAAUGAAGUGGAAAGGACGUUUAUGGAACUUCAACUUACCGAUUGUAACAGGAAAGUAGCCAGAUUACGAAGCGCUGUAGAAGAAUAUGAGCUGCGUCUUGAAGAACUACAGAAAGCAUAUGAUAAAUUGGACGAGGAUCGAGCAGAUAUUAUCGCAUACUUGAAAAAGACGUUAACUAUCAAAAAUGAAGAAAAUGUGGAGUUGAAAGAAAAAGUUAAAGGGCUCGAGGAAAUACGACAGAUUGAAAAUGAUCGUUUUCAAGAAACUACCAGACAGUUAGAAAAAGAUUUCGUUAUAAUGAAAGAACAACUUACUUCGGAAAACAAACUUUUGGCUGGUAAACUAAAUACACUAGAAGAAUUUAGAGCAAUAAGAGAUGAUUUAAUGAGAAAAUUUGAAAAUCAAGAACAGGAAUUCAAAGAUCAAGAAUUGAAAUACAAAAGAUUAAUCUACGACACUGAAAAGAAAUUUGUGAUUGGUAAAGACAACCUAAAAAAAGAAAUGGAAGCCAGACUUUUGCAGCUUGCUCAAGAUUUUCAAGAUGCAACUGAACUGCGAGUGGCGGCGUCUACUCAUAGAGUGAUAAGAGAAAAUAUUGCGAUCAAUAAUGAGUUAGAAAGUAUCUUAGCUAAUCAAGCAAAGUUAGCAGAACAAAAUGAACAUUUCAAAGAAUUGAUGAAAGCUGCACAAGUAUCUAAAGAAUUAGCCGAAGAAGAAAAAAAUAAGGCAAUUAGUAAAAGUGUUGUUCAACUCAAGGUUAUUGAACAGUUAACAGCAGCAUUUGAGUCGAUCAAAAAAGAAAAAUGCUUAUAUGAAAGAAGAAGUUAUGAUUUUGAAGCACAACGGGCGAAAAUAGAAAGAUUAUCUAAAGAAAAUGAGAAUCUUAACCUUCAAAUUCGCAUUUUAGAACAAAACUUACAUGCGAGGAUGAGUGAACAAAAUAAAGGUGUGGUAGAAGCUGAAAAGAUGUCUAAAGAGCGUGAGAUGCUCAGAAAAAUUCUAAAAGAAGCAGCGUUUGCUAUACGGACAGCAUUAAAAUUAGAUGAAUGGGCAGCUACGGACAAGGCACCAGAAGUGAUGGAUGGACGUGUGCUGUUGUCUCAUUUACUAGAAAUAGUAUCACAAUACCGGGAACUUGAGCAGGUAGAGUCUAUAGGAACAAUAGGAUCAUUCAGUCAAAUUUAUGAAGAAGGUGACCUUGGUUUCAUACCAAAGCCAAGGAAAAAGCAAGGCUUGCCAGCGCAACAAACCGUUGCAACAGCCAUUCCUACAAAAGUAACAUCUGAAGCUGAAGUCGAAAGUUCAGUUCUUGCAUCACACACGACCACUUCCUUUUCUGCUAGUAUCGAUACUAUCCCUAGCAUUAAUAUAAUACCAACUAUGUCAAAAAAAGAUUUGGAAACAAAAGAUGAAGGAAGUAUUCAGUCUUUUAUAGUUUCCUCAAUUUCUGAAGAAGUUGUAGAAGAAGAAGAAGAGAAAUAUAAAGAAGAUGACAUAGCGAAGAAAUUAGCGGAUAGCAAAGCUGCGAUCCAAAAAUCUUUCUUGAAAGACCUUGCAUAUUCUCAAGCUUCUAUGAAAAUGCAAUCAGAGAUGAAAAUUGAUAUUAAAAGAAUUUCAAAAGUUGUUAGUGCUGUCAGAAUUCCACUUCAAAAGAAAGAUGAUAUGACGGAAACGUCCGUUAAAAGCGAGGUUGAAACAACAGGUACUGAAAAAGAUGAUAAGGCGCCACCUCCCAGUGUAACUGGAGAGAGCGCUGUUGAUGAGGAUGAUAUGGAACAACAAGUUAAAAGCUCUGUUGACGAAGACCAUCAGUUAAAACAAGAUGAAGAAAAACCAACAGAUGAAGAUAAAAAAAUAGAGAAGGAUCAAGAACAAGUAGCGAAAGAAGGUUCCGAUUAA